CAAGAAUGUGUAUUUUACCAAUCUCCAUACAACAUUACGCCUGGAGCGUAUCCAGUAAUUUGGAAAAUACCUGGAAACGAAGUUUUUAGUACACCCGAAUUCAAGCAAGUCAACAGUUCUAUCGAUUGGAGUAAGGUACCUAAUAUUGCUCCUCGUAAAAUGGUCAAUGGGAUUUUUGAUUCGAGUACUUAUCCUGCUACCGACCCAGACUGUUGGUGGUCCUAUAAAUUGUGCACAACGCCCAAUCCUAGCACUGGACUGAAAGCUGAUUAUAGUAUUUGCCCUGAACCUG